UGUACGAGACAGGGUGUCUGCAAGCGGUAAAAAAGAAAAAAAAAUAAAAAGAGAACAAGACGAAUAAAACCCACAUCUGUUAGUUUCUUAAUCAAUUUCGGAGGCAGCGAGAGCAGAGCAACGAAGCCGAUUAAAUCCAAUCCCAGAAACUCGACGCUCGAGACUAAACUCAACUCUCUGUUUUCAUGGCGGUCGCAUUCGCGUUUUGAUUUUCAGCUGGCGCAGUUGCGUGUCAGCCUGCGUGUGUGCGUGUGUUUGUGUGUGUAAACAAUUUUUGUAUAGGCGAAAUUUAAUCAUAAUAUUUAAAAGGCAACCCCCAUCAUCUUUUGAUCCCCACCGAUCGGAUUCAACAAAUAAAAUCCAAAAUAAAUAUACAAACACUCGAGUAACACACACGCAUAGCUGCAUCUGCAAAAUGGAAUUUAUGAAAUGGGGACUUCCCCUGCUGCUGGCCACUCUGGUGGCCCUCCAACAGCCCACCCAAACGGAGGGACUGAUCGAGGAUGUCCUGGACAUCAUCCACGUGGUCAAGGAGGUCACCUCUGGGGUCCUCAAGGCCUGGGACAUUGUUCAAUCCUCACCACUGGCGGCCAACAUUGAUUUUCCCCUGAUGCGGGAAAAACAGAAGAAGGUCUUACAGCGACUGAAAGAAGUUAGCAAGCAAAUAGAUCACACCGAAGAUCAGCACGCUCAAUAUGUUGCCUUGGCCAUCGAAUCGGUUACUACUUUCAUGCACAACAACGCUCCAAUUAUGGCCAAGAUGAAUGAUAUCUCAGACACUAUUAAUAGGAUCUCAUCGCGCUAUCAGCAGAUGCAAAAGUACGAGGCUUACAAAGAUAAAUUGGAAAUGUCUACGCUUAUAACAUUUGCCGAAUGGACAGUUACACCAAAUGCCCAUUCAGUGCACCAUCUAAUGGAUCGACUGCAUCUCACACUUCUCGGCAGCGAGGAUAGGACGUCCAACGUAACGUCCAGUAACCUGCUCCAACAACUGACCACCGCAUAUGAGGUGUCGAACAAUCAGAUUUGCAAUACUCUGCAAUCCGCCCAACAGUUUGUGUACUCCCUAUAUGCGGAUAUAGCCCUGACCGAACUGAAGGCCUACACCAUGAUGGAGUUCUCGUGGAUGAUGUUGCGUGUCUACGGCAAGGGCAACUACACCCAGGAGGCGGAACUGAUGCGAUCGGACUACGAGAAGAGGACGGAACGCACACUGAAAUUGCUCAAGGACGUGAUGCUCCGGGCGGAUCGUAUCGUUUAUCGCUGCGAUCCGGGGAAACAUGUAAAGGGUGUCACCUACGACGAGGUCACCCGGCUUUUGCAGGGCUAUAUCGAAAACGAGGUGGAUCUGAAUAACGAGGAAACCUGCCGAGAGACGUGCUCCUUCUACCAGUCCACCCGCAGUGAGGGCUGCUUCAAGGAACUCUACUGUGCCCGCCAGCCGAGAUGUUCGGGUCGUCUCUACGACUGCCAGUUUGUCGACUCCGACAUGUGGGUGUGCCCGUCGCCACAGAACAGCACCAGGCGCUACGAGUUCAUCGAGUACGAGAACGGACGCGUCCUUGGAAAGCGGGGUAAAUGCACCAGGGGCACCACCAAGGUGGACAGCUGGUGGCGUUACCUUCUCUGGCACUGCAGCUACUGCUUCUGCCUGUGCGAUGAGCAGGGACUCAAGUCGGACCGAUUCUUCAACCUGCGGGAUACGAUCGCUGACGUGAAGCGCAACAGAAUCGUGACUGGCUUGCGUUUUGUGAAGAAAAACCGCAUAUUCCAUCUGCAAAUCCAGGAGGGCGAACUCCUGCCACGAGGCGCCGUCAAUCAGAGCACCUUGGAGUGGAAGCCCGUGGAGAAGUACAACUUCUUUGAUCGUGAUGUCAAGAAGGGCGUCGACUAUCACAUGUUGAGCUACGAGAGCCGCUCCAUCGAUCUGGACGAUGUAAACACGGAUGACAAUAGCUUUGUGAUAACCGGUGUUAGAUUCCGAGUGGUGGGCGCCCAUCUGAAUCUAGAGGCCUACUACAGCGAGUUCGACUUCAAAACGGGCCAGCUCAUUCAGCCGGAAGCUAAUAGCUAUUGGAAGUCUAACGAUAACACCGAUGUCAGCGGGGCACGCAGAGAGAAACUGCGCUUGGAGAACGCCGACGUGUCUACGCGGACAAUCACCCACUCGAUACCUCUGUCGCGACACAAUCAAUACAUUGACUUCACCAACACGGGACUGGACAAGGAUGCCGCCCAGAGCACUGUGCCCUUCAUUGACAUCCAGGACGUGAUCUCGAACCCACCUGUACCACUAUCCGGCAUUGGCAUCUACUACAAGGGCCGCAACGGCUACGGCGGCUUCUUGGGCCCCAAGCUCAUCACCUACGACUAUACGCCUCACGUUCAGGUGCCAAAGAAUAAGUUCUAAGGUGGAUGGAGUGGGAGAGGCGGUGCUGUUUCAUCCCGCACAUAUGUCAUAGCUUUCUUAGUUGUACACUACCUAUCAAUACACACUUGCAAUUACUUUCGCGUAGUCUAAGUGAGAUCGAAGAAGAACGAAGCGCAAGAGACGCAGAAUUCGGCAAGACAAGAAUAUAACUUAAAUUAUAUUGGAAUUUAGCCAUAAAACAAGAAACAAAUAAAAAGAAUCUGAAUCGGAAAAAACACUAAAAAUAAAAAC